AUGGUUGAGCCUAAUAGAGACAACAAACUACUCGAAGUUAUUAAUCAAGAGAUGUCAGGAAGUAGUAUUGGAUCUAAGUUACUUUUGACAGAGAUUUACGAUCUGAAUCAUAAAGAAAGAGAGCCAGUCACCCUAGAGUGCGGGCACAGUUUUUGUCGACCUUGUCUCUGCCUUUGCUGGGAAGAGACCCAGACUCCAGCCAGGUGCCCUGGAUGCAGGGGACCCUGCCAGCAGAGAAACCUCAAAACCAACGUGGUUCUGAAGAGCCUGGUGGCCAUUGCCAGAAGAGCCAGCCUCAGGAGGUUCCUGAGCUCUGAGGAAUACAGGUGUGGGACACACGGGGAGACCAAGCAGAUGUUCUGUGAGGUGGACAGGGCCCUGCUCUGUAGGAGCUGCUCCCAGUCUCAGGAGCACAGGGCUCACAAACACCAUCUCAUAGAAAGGGUUGCUGAGGAGCAGAGGGAGGUGAUUUCAAAGCAGAUGGACACUGUAUGGGAAAAGACUCAAGAAAACCAGCGCAAUUUACAUAAGAAGAGGAGACUCAUCAACCAGUGGAUUCGUUAUGUGAACCUAUACGGAGGCAUGACCCAGGAUGCUUUUGCAAUGCUGCAGCUGGGUGUCCAGGAGGAGGAAAGGCAGCAUUCCCAGCUACUGAUCAAUGAAGGAAGAGCCAUGUUACUGCAACUCAGAGAAAGGGAAACACAAAUGCUUCAGAAGAAGCAUCAACUUAGGAAAACAUAUCAGGAGCUGAUGGAAACAUACCAGAAGCCAGAUGUGGAACUGCUUCAGGAUGUAGAGUUGACCCUAAAGAGCUGUGAGUCAGUGUUGGUCUUCAUGCCUCUCCCUCUGAGGCCACAGCUCAGUGCCCCUCCCAUGCCUGGACUGAUAGAGAGGCUCAGCCAGUGCCGGGUGGAGAUUUCCUUCAAUGAAGCGGUGGGGAAUCAAGUUCAUGGGAGCAGUGUUAGACACGACCAUCAAGAUGGAGUUUUGAAUUCUGAAGAUUCCCUCCUCUUCACUGCUUUUGGUCACCAAGUCUUCAGCUCUGGGAAACAUUACUGGGAGGUUACUGUAGAUGACUCUUCCACCUGGGCCCUGGGAGUUGUUAGGGAUUCUGCCAUAGGGAGCAACCUCACUGAAUAUGAGGACCUUUUCCUCCUUCUGUUUGUGAAUGAGAACACUCUUUACACCCUUUUUACCACCUCCCCAGUGAUGCCUCACUAUGUAGAGAAGCCUCUGGGCCGGGUUGGUGUGUUUCUUGAUCUUGAUCAUGGCAGUAUGAGUUUUUGGAAUGUGGCUAAGAGUGUCCUUAUCUGGAGAUACCCCACUGGCUCUCUCCAAUUUCCUGUCAGGCCCCUUUUUUCCAGGGGUAUCCCGUUGUCAUAA